GGCUCCUCGGUGAUCGCCACCCUACCGCGUGUUUCAUAUAUCAAGGCAAUCGACAUCUGGAUCAUAGUCUGUCUUCUCUUUGUGAUCGGCGCUCUUCUUGAGUUCGCAAUGGCUAGUAGCCGGGCUCGACGCAAUCAACAACUAAUCUGGGAGCACGAGGUGCGUAACCUCGUGCGUCAGGAGUUGGCGCGCACAAUGUGCCCCUGUCCAGACCCGUUCACUACCAGACUCCUAGGUUUGGAUAUCGGACCCAGUUGUACCGGAGGAGGAGUAAACGAAUUUGGGGAAUACUUAUACGCCGGCCUCCACGGCGUCCCACCGUUAGCAGACUUUAAGCACGAUAAGGCUGAAAUGGCUUGUCCAUUGUUGACGUCGGAUGGAUUUCUGCCUCAUCAUGACGAAGGA